CACACCGCGAACGCGAAGAAAACAAAAGCGAAAUGGCAGACACGUUGACUGACGAGCAAAUCGCGGAGUUUAAGGAAGCUUUCGCCCUUUUCGACAAAGACGGCGAUGGCACGAUCACCACCAAGGAGCUCGGCACCGUCAUGCGCUCCCUCGGGCAGAACCCUACAGAGGCCGAGCUUCAAGAUAUGAUCAACGAGGUCGAUGCGGACGGCAACGGCACGAUUGACUUUCCUGAGUUCCUCAAUCUCAUGGCCCGCAAGAUGCAGGACACGGAUUCCGAGGAGGAGCUGAAAGAGGCUUUCAAGGUAUUCGAUAAAGACGGGAACGGCUUCAUUUCUGCCGCUGAGCUUCGUCAUGUCAUGACCAAUCUCGGUGAAAAGCUCACUGACGAAGAGGUCGACGAAAUGAUUCGCGAAGCCGACGUCGACGGCGACGGCCAGGUUAACUACGACGAAUUCGUGAAGAUGAUGAUGGCGAAGUAAUGAGCUCUACUCUUCAUCUUUUGAUUUCGGCACGCGAUUUUACGAAAGCGGAAAACGCGACUUUCCGCUUUCUUGAACAGGGCGCGCUGAACCGAAACGAAUUGAUGGAGUCCCCGGACACGCUGUCCCGUGAAACAGAUGUAGACUAAACGCGAGUUUAGCUCGCACGCGCGGUGUUUUAUUUUGGCAGGCGAACUUUAUGAUCGUGGCCGUUUUACGUCUCCCGCGGGAGCAUUUCAGUUCGAACUCUUGUAGAAACAUUUUCGCUUCUAUAGGGUACCUUCGUAACUUUU